UAUGCGUCUCAAGCCUCUUUUCAGAGUUCUCAUUGCUGAUCACAUGACUAGCUCAUGAUUAGGAGGCAUGUGACUACUAUCUCAGUGCAAAGAUGGAACUGACUGGGAAGUUUCUCUUGUUGGUUCUUCUGUCUUCAGCUUCAGGCUUGGCAAUAAAGAUAAGGGAACCAGAGGAAGCAUGGGGAUAUGUAGCCGUGAGAAGCAAUGCUUACAUGUUUUGGUGGCUGUACCACGCAGACCACCCUACCAAAGCAUACACAGAAUUGCCACUUGUUAUGUGGCUUCAGGGUGGGCCUGGAGCCUCAGGGUGUGGAUUUGGGAACUUUGAAGAGAUUGGUCCCCUUGAUACUGAUCUGAAACCAAGAAACACCACAUGGUUGCAGGCAGCUAGUUUGCUGUUUGUGGAUAAUCCUGUGGGUACAGGAUUCAGCUACACAACUGACAGUAGUGCCUUCGCAAAAGAUGUUGAUACUGUAGCUGCUGACAUGAUAGUUCUUCUGAAAGAAUUCUUUAACUCCAAACCACAAUUCCAGGAAAUUCCAUUUUACAUAUUCUCUGAAUCGUAUGGAGGAAAAAUGGCAGCUUCUAUUUCAUUAGCACUUUACAAGGCCAUACAGACAGGAAGCAUAAAGUGCAACUUUGGAGGAACGGCUCUCGGUGAUUCCUGGAUAUCCCCCAUAGAUUCUGUUCUAACCUGGGGACCAUAUCUUUACAGUAUUUCAUUGCUGGAUGAGGGAGGAUUAGCGGAGGUGCAGAAGUCUGCCAAUGAGGUGCUGGGUGCGAUGAAACAAGGUCAAUAUGUACGCGCCACUGAGCUGUGGAGUGAGGCAGAGGAUGUAAUAGAAGACAACACUGAUGGCGUGAGCUUCUAUAACAUCUUAACUAAAGAUUCACCGAUGAAGGAAAACCCUUACUUGAUAAACCAGAAGCUGAAGAAUCUUUCUCUUGGCAAGUUGUAUCACCGUCAUGUACUAGCUAUGCAGAGGACAAACCUUGGGGAGCUGAUGAACGGUCCGAUCAGACAGAAGUUGAAGAUCAUUCCCAAGAAUGUGGUUUGGGGAGGACAGGCUGCAGAUGUGUUCUCCAGCAUGGCCGGUGACUUUAUGAAGCCCGUCAUAGAUACUGUGGAUGAACUGCUAGCGGCUAAUGUCAAUGUUACAGUGUAUAACGGGCAGCUAGACCUUAUAGUGGACACUGUAGGUCAAGAAAAGUGGGUAAAGCAAUUAAAAUGGCCGAAUCUUAACCUUUUCGAGAAACAAAAGUGGACAGCACUUCAUGUUUGCCCCAAAUCCACUGAGACUGCUGCUUUUUACAAAUCUUAUGAAAACUUCAGCUUCUACUGGAUCCUUAAGGCAGGGCAUAUGGUUCCCUCUGACCAAGGUGAAAUGUCACUGAAAAUGCUGCGGAGGAUCACCAAUCAAGAAAAGCGUUGACAGAGGCCAUAGUUACUUGAAUGGUUUUAGGGAGAGACCACAGUUUGUCCAAGGAAAAAAGGCCUUAAAUUCCUCCCCUAUUGGCCUCAAAGGGAUGUUGUCUGUUGCUGGAAAUUUUAGUUGAUUCCUUUUUUGUUUAGUUUCAUCUAACUGCUCUGAAUCAUGUUCUAAGUACGGGGAAUUGGCAAACUUCUCUCAUGCAUUUACUUGUCUAUCAGUAUGGCACUUAUAUUUGUGUAUGUGUGCGCGCAUGUAAGUUUAUUUUGUAUUGCAGGGCAAUGCGGAUCUUGUAGCCUCAAAUGAACAUGUGGUCAAUGCUGCUUUUUAAUUUGUAUUUAAAGGGACAUGAAUCCCAAUUUUUUUUCUUUCAUGAUUCGUAUAGAUCAUGGAUUUUUAUACAACUUGCGUCAUUCUUUUGGUGUCCUUUAUUGAAAAGCAGCUAUGCACUACUGGGAGCUAGCUGAACACAUGGUAAUCCAAUGAUAAGAGAUAUAUAUGUAUAGCCACCAUUCAGCAGCUAGACCCAGCUCCUGAGUCUAUCUAGGUAUGCUUUUCAACAAAGGAUAUCAAGAAAACAAAGCAAACUAGAUAAUCAAAGUAAAUUGGAAAGUUGUUUAAAGUUAUAUGGUCUGUAUGAAGAAAGAGAGAAAAUGUUGGGGUUUCAUGUCCCUUUAAAAAUGAUAGCAAUGUAAAAUAAUAUUGCUCUUUUCCUUCUUCCAAACACGUGCUGGAUUUGAAAGUAUUAUUUUUUUAUAUCAAUGAUGGUAAAAUGAUUAUUUGUACA